GGACAACAGUUGACAUAUGGACUGGUACAAACAAGGACCGAGUGGCCGUCUGUAAAGCUACGAUUUUGAAAGUUUGUGGUGAGUAAAAAUUGCGAUAUUCGUUACGUGAUUAAAAUCUUAUAAAAGAAUAGAUGUAGCGGGUUGAAUUAAGCUUACAUAACGCUCGGCGCAACUGAAACUAGAAUAAUUCUGAGAAUCGAAUCGGUCACUUGCAUGCCGCAGUUUCUUAAGCUUGUGAAUUACAAUGAAAUAAACCUAUCUGUAAGGUUUCAAGAUUCCUUUAGUCACGUUUGGGAACAUUCAAGAUUCAUAAUAGGAACUGUUAUUAAACAAACCUUAGUACAUAAAGAAGCCCUCCUUGGUAAAAACAAAAUAAUGUAUUCAGCCCUUUUUUAGUAAAAUCCAUGAGAGAGAUGUACUAACUCCAAUAUAAAAGUCACUCAAUAACAACAGAGAUUUCUCAAUUUGAGAAUCCAAUGAAUGCCCUUUUCCUCCUAGCCAUCUUAAAAGCCUGGUCUGAGCUUUAAAUAUACAUAUUUUAAUACAUUAUUUUUUUUUCAAAUUCAGAUGUCAAGGAAUCCAGAUACAAAAUGGUCAAGGUUCUUGUAGACAACCUCAUUCAAGGCCAACUCAUUGUGAGCCCAGUACAAACAGCAGCUAAGUUUUCAGUUUAGGAUAACUUCAUUCUAAUUAAUUGUUACAGUUACAACAAGAUUUUAAUCAAAAAAUCAAUUUUAUUUGUCUGUAAUUAGCCCCUUCACUCCCAAGAGUGCUUGGUUUUCAAAUAUAACUUAAGAUAUUGUAUUUUAUGGAAAAGAAUCAACAGAUUUUAUUCACAAUUUGUGUCAAACCAAAUUUAAUGAUUGAUUAGAUCUAUUUUAUAUGAAUAGCUGUAAUUGAGGAUUAAUCCGUAUGAAGUUUUCAAGAAAAGAAAAAUAAAUCAAAUUCCAUCCUGAUAUUACCACACAUUGAUGUUAAUAAUUAAUCACAAAUAUUUUACAUGAAAGCCUUAAUUAAGCUUCUAAAUAAAUUUCAUUAAAUACUUGAACUCUAGCUGGGUUUUUUUAAUUUAAAGUAUUUAUUUUAUAUCAUUAGCCUCAAAUUUUUGCUUAAAAUUCCCAGUAAUUCUUAAACAUUCCUAAAAAUUCCCAAAAAUUCCCAGAAAUUCCUAGGAAUUUUUUAGAUUUACAGCUUUUCAGGGAAAGUCAUUGGUUCUCUGAGUUGCAAUUCCUAGGAAUUCCUAAGAAUUCCAAGUCCUGUUGGCUUUAAACUUGGAAUUUCUGGGAAUUUCUAGGAAUUUCUAGGUUUUUAGAACCAGAGUUGUUAUGGUUGGGAAUUCCCAGGAAUUCCUAGGAAUUCCCAGUCCGAAUUUACCGUGAAAAUUCACAUCUUUAUUCCUAGGAAUUCCUGGGAAUAAACUCCUAGGAAUUCCUAGGAAUUCCAAAAGCCAUUUCGCAAGGGAUUGCCUUUUAAAGAUACCUAUUAAAGCUGUAUUCAGAAGCAAAGACACGUAGGUAGUAUACUUCUGCCUUAUUUUUAUAUUAAGGGAUUUCUUUUUUAUGUAACAUAUAUCCAUUUCUUUAAUUUCCUCCUUAACCUGCCUGCAAAUAAUUAAAUUUUAUGUUUUAAUUCAAGUGUGAGAAGAUAAAACAGAAGUGUUGCAGAGUUCUCCUUCCAGACUGAAUUCAGGUGAGAACAUCAGUAAACUAGUAGAUGUCAUAUGCUUCUCCUGAAUCUUAUUGCUCUGUGUUUUUUUUACAAAGGGUCUUUUAUAUCUUUGUGUGCCAGCUAAUGAGUAAAAUCUCGUUGAAUAGAUAAUAAAUAAAUCCAUCUUAAAGUUUUUGGCAUUUACUAUUUUAAAAUUCAUAAAUGGCAUUCUCUUUUAACCCAUGUAAAGAGAUAUUACACAUUUCUUAAACUAAAAUCUGAAUCAUGAAGUCAACUUAACUUUAAUGAGUUUGAAACUUCAUUGUAAAUAAGAACACUUUACUGGAGUAUGUUACAUUUAUUUGCUGCCUUUCUGGUGCAUAUGAUUACAUAACCCUUUAACUCUGAAGAUCUCAUUAGUAAUUCUCCUUACUGUCUGCCAAACAAUUUAUGUGCUGUUAGGUUGGAGGAUUUGGAAUUGGAUCAACCAAUUAUCCCCUAAUUGAUGUUUUUCCUUAUUCUCAUUACUUGUCUGUUUGAUAAUGUACUGAUGGUGUAAGGAGAAAUUCUCUCUAGAUCACCAGUGAGACUAAAAGGGUUAAAAUGGGGGAUUUCAUUAUAUUGUAAUGAUUAAAAUUGUUCAAAAUGUAGCAAAAAAAGAAUGUUAUGUUAUGUUUCAUUUCUCCCUGCUCUAAAUAUAGUGGAAAAACCUGUUGCUGGUUGCUUAUGUCUUUAAUGUUUAAAUGUUCAUGGGAAAUGCUUUUUUCUUUUUUAAUUGAAGAUAGAGAAGUUUUCAAAGCUGAUAGAAAUAAGCUGUUUGCAAGUAAUGAAAAGCAAACUGACAAUCAUACCUCAAUGCUUGACAUGCUUCUCUCAAAUAUGUCAGUUGUGUGUAUCUACUAUUGAAGUGGUGUCUUUCUUGUGCUGUGGUUCAUGAGCCGUCACCUCUCAUCAAGUCCAGCUUUGUUCACCCCCAUUGUACUUGCCUUAAACCAACAUCUACCAGAAUCCUUUAAAUAGUUGAUACUAAGAUAGGAAAGAGCCCUGGUGGUCAGCAUUGAGUUUGGUCUUUUCUCAUGAUAAAUUUUGUAAACAAAUACGGGGUUUCUCUCAUUGAAAACCCAGUACUUCUGACAGGUUCUUUGUGAUUGGACAAAACGUUUUCUCCACAGGUGAAAAUGUCAUUUCUCUGAUUUGAUUGGCUGUAAACAGCUGUGAAUGGCAAAAAUAUUUGACAGAUCAUAAUACUUACUUAAUGACUGAGUGGGAAGUCCGUGCAUCAUGAUUGAGAGCCAAUAUUUUCCAUCCGAUGAGUACGGGAAAGAGCCAGUUUGAAUGUGUCUCAAAAGGAUAAUUUUUAGAAUAUCCUCUCAAAAAUCCCACUCAAAACUUACUUUUGUCUCCUUGGAGUCCCCUAAAAUCUUGCAUGUUUGUAGGUCAGUGGACACGCAUUAGGAACCAAGGAAGGUUCACACAUUACUGUUACAUUACAUGCAAUAAUAAGAUACAUGAAAAAGUUACUCAGUUGCGAUUGGUUAAGGUAAAUGCAGCCUAUAGGUGAUUCAAUGCAGAAGAGGGUUAAUUCGGUGCAAAGAAGUAACAAACCAGACUAAACAAUUCCUUGAAAUGUUUAGCCGGACUUUGAAUUUUUUUGCGCCUUAAAGAUGGGAAAAUACCAUUGCAUAUUAUUGUUUUGAUUGUAUGUGGUUGUUUUUACCAAACGUACAAUGUCAUUUGCAGGCUUUGAAUAAAUUAUUUUUGCACUUGAUGUGCAUGCUUUGCUUCUGCAUAAUUAUUAUAAGCUUUCUCAAUCACAAUUUUUCUCCUGCAGUUUGGAAUAAAUAAGCAUGAGUAAAUUUUUUUCAAAGACCACAGACACAUGGUUUAAAUGUUGUAAAAGGGUUAAGAUUCCCUCUGCUAUGCUUCAGCACGUUGAUAAUUUUGUUUCAAGAAAACAUUUUGUUACGCUGUAAAUGAUCAUGUCUUAGAUUGGUCAAAAAACUGACAGGUGAAUUCAUGCGUGUAAAUGAACUUUAUUUUCUGAUUGAAUACAAAAUUCUCUGAGGGAUUUGUUUGCUGACGUCAUGAGCGUGCACAAUAGGAAUAUGAAGCAAACUCAUGCAAUUGAAUUUGAUCAGACAAAUUUACUAGCUAUGUUGUAAAAUGAAUUAAUCGUAUGACAGUGAGGAAGGGAAAUUCACUUUUUCAUGUUGGUUUGAUUCUUGGCUGGUUUAAAAGGCCCAGUGAGAUAAACAAUAUACCAGGCAUAAAUUGACUUCACUAAUUUAACAGCAGUAUGUUUCACUUAAUUUUCAACAGUGUCACACUUAAUUUUGUGAACUUUUACUCCUUUUUUUUGUGGAAUAGACUUCUGUCAAACAUGCAUAACAGAGAGGGUCUUGUUUCUGCUUGCAUGGUUCAUUUACAGGGUAUUUAAAGAUAUUUAUCAAAGACGAGGGAAAUAAUUUAAUGCAAUGUUUCCUCCUCAACUCCUUGUGAGAAAAUGGUUUCCUCAGGUAACAUGACUUGUAAACCAAUUAUAAUGAAGAAAUUGAACUCAAUCAGCUGAUACAGAAUUUUUAAAGUUUUUUCCAUUCAUAACCCAAAAUUAGUUAAUUUGAAUUAGCUGCAAGAGAAAGGUAACAACUUGAAAAGGUUUCCUUCAAACUUGAGUUGUGUUGAUUUGUUCUGUGUGUUUAAAUUUAUUUGAUUUUUAGGGUACUCUGAGGGACGGGACACAAUUUGACAGCAGUAUCCCUCGAGGAGAACCAUUCGUGUUUACAUUAGGAGUGGGACAAGUUAUCAAAGGUGGAUACUUGUGAUAUAGCAUGCAUGACUAUGUGCAAAACGGGCUGAUAUUUGUAGUUUGCCAUGAUAUUAUGCAUUUAAGCAAGUGAUUGCACUUUCUACUGGUUUACCAAUUAAUUACCCCAUGUGGGAAGUGGGGAGAAGGCAAGAAACAUUUGGACAUCACAAGCUUAUGGGGAUCUAUUACUUUAAUUUAUUAACAAGCAUUGGGUUUAAUGGUUUGAUAAACUUUAGGUUUCAGAAUGUUUAUAGUUAACUUAGUUCCUCAAACAUCUCAUAUGUUUUUUUUACCCAACUGUUUUAUUUUAUAGUCAUUUGUUAUAAGGCAGGGAAAACAAAACAAAUAGAGGAGUGGUUUGGGACAGGUCUUGUAAUGUUCUUGUUGGAUUACAUUUUAAAAUAACCAACUGUCCAAACAGCUGAGCAAUUUCACAUGAUAUUUGUACUCAAUUUGUGCAUUAUUUGUACUCUCUGAGAGCAGUUGAAUAAUCAUGUAAGAUAUCUGGUGUAUAUUAGAAGUGUUUUUACUAUUUAAUAAGUCAUGAUUUAAUUUUUGUUACAGGAUGGGAUCAAGGACUAUUAAAGUAAGUUACAACUAUAGACCAUUCAUCAUUUGUUUUUAAGUCUUAUUUAUACACAAUAAAUUCCUCUCUCCACAUUACUUACAUUUUCAAACUACUUCCUCAAACUUUUCCAGAACUGUACCGAACUAUACAAGAAAAGUAAACUGUGAAAAGCAAGCUUUUGAACCUUGUUGUUCCUUAUCUUAAUUUUGUUAAAGCUGGGGUGAAUUUUGUAGUAAAAGUGCUAGUGCAUAUGAGUUAUGGAAAAGUGGUCUGGAUUUAGUAGUCUGGUGUAAGAGAAUUUCUGGCCAGUGAUUCAAUGUUCAGUGUGCAAGCAUGAAGUGUCAAGCAUAGUCCACACAACAUGGCAGGUAUAGAUGUAUUGGCGGUCUAUAAAAUUGACAUUUUUUUGCUCUCUCUACUUCUAGCCAAGGCUGAAGAGAACCUGAACAGUUGCUAAUAAACUGGCUUCAAACCAUUCAGCAAAUGUGGAACUAGCAGCAACAUAAAAUUAUUUUUACCCUUGUGGUUUAACCUGUUCAAUUACUUAUAGACAUUAAAUUACAAAACAUGAAAACCAACCUCUUUGGAAGUCCUUUUUUCAUGCAAUCUUGAAAAGCAUCAGUUGAUUUGUUGACAACUUCAAAUACAGUUAUUGCAAAAAUUUCAAUAACUAUGAAAAAAAUGAAAUAUUUCUAGUCAGUAGAGUUAAGCCAAAGGGUUGUCAUUUGAUUUGGUAUUGUUUUAGCCUACAAAGUAUAAUCUUACACUGUUAAAUGGGCACUUGAUUAGUACAGCAACUAACAAUGGCCAGUGAAAAAGAGAUUCAAGAGAAUAGGGUGAGCUGGGAAGAGCUGAGGAGGAAAGGGAAGAAUAGGCAACAGUGACGUUCUCUUGUUAUGAUCAUAUGUGUCUUAGGGUAUGAUGGGGACAGGCUGACUGACAUAUGGUAUAGUUCCUAUAGUUCUUUUUGGUGCCCAGCUACCAGCUUUUCUGUUUUAACAUUUUGCUGUUACUUACUCAAGGUAUAAAUAAACUUCUUGUUGUUAUUGUUGAUUGAAACUUUUUUUUUUCGUGUUGUUUUUAGUAUGUGUGAAGGAGAAAAGAGGAAACUUGUAAUCCCAUCAGACCUUGGUAAGUCCCUGCUCUGAUAUUUAAGUAUAUAAUUUACGUCCAGUGCAGUGAGUUAGAAUUGUUGCCAGUAGAUACUAGUAGGAUUGAUAAUGGGGCAACUCACCUUGCUUGAAAUGCAAGCUUAUGUAGAUAUAAUUUAUCUGUUACAUACAAGCAAGCUGAAUUAUGCAAGAAUUCUACCAGUCAUAUUCUUAUUAAAAUAAUUUUCAGCUGUUUUUGCUAUACUAAGAGGAAUUUUCUUUCUUUUGUGCAGGUUAUGGGGACAGAGGAGCUCCCCCUAAGAUCCCAGGUGAGUAAACAGCUUGUGGUCAACAGAGACAAUGCUGAGUCAGAGCAUUACAUGAACACCGAAGAUAUUGAUACCAACCUCUGAAAUUGUGAAAUCUGGAAAGAUUUGAUUUUGAAGCAUGGCGUCAAAGCCACCCCACCCACUUCCCCCACAGAUUUGUUCAUCAACACUCUGCUAGUCUCUCCUCACAGCCUGCAAGUUUGCACAUAAUCUGACAAAAAAGGAAAAACCACAAAACUACAACUAUCUUAUUUAAGGAAUUAUUUUGAAGUAUUAAUUGCUCAUAAUUCAUAUUGUCUCAGUACACUCUUAAACUAUGUAUUUAACCUAAGGUCACCAGAGAAAUUUGAAGUAACCAUGACAAUGCAAAACACAGGGCAACAAACCAAGUGGUCUAUGAGCAAUUGUAAAGUGGCAAAUAAAAAUCCCUUAACACUUUGACCCCUAAAAGUUACCAGCAGCUAAUAUCUCCCUUUAGUAUAUACCACACAGGUGAAUAGUACUUUUCACACGCACUGAUUGGCUAUUUGGAAGUGAAUAGCAAGUACUAAUCACCUUCCAGCAGCCGAUGACACAGCACGUCAAGAGUUUAAUUUCUGACCAUUUUUUGCUAUAUUGAAAGAAACAAACUAAAUUUUUGGUAUCUGUGCGGUACCUGCUAAAACAAUUAUUUGCAUCCACUUUUGUGAAUAAUUGUUGAAUAAUAUCAGCCCUGAGUCAGACAUUAAGGUCACAAGAAUAAAGGAAAUCACCAACUAAAGAAGCUCUUGAUUGUUACACAAAAUUUUUCCUUUUAACAGCCUAGGAAAUGUAGAGAGAACAGUGUCGAAAAUACCCAUACUGAUGUUAGGCCAGUUAAGGUGUAAGGGGUUCUUUCCUUGUGGGAUACAUGAAGGGCUUCUUCAAUCAUAUUCCGGCAUGAACUUUUUUCCUCAAAACGCAACUUAAAAUGAAUUUACGCCAAUUAUUUUAUCUUUUCAGGGGGCGCUACAUUGGUAUUUGAGGUUGAGCUGUUGAAGAUAGAGCGAAAAACAGAAUUGUAA